AUGGUGGAUUCCAAUGAACUGGAGUUCGCGCCAGCGCCUCACGCGCUUGCCGGAUAUGGAGACCAUGGCACAAAAGAAAAAGUCUCGACGGAUAUCGAGGCUGCGCCAGCGGAGUCGGUCCACGACAUGGACGAGAAGUCUCAAGGGAGCAUGUUCGGGCAUUUCGAGGAAGUCCAGCAUUUGAAGCAAGGCCUCCAUCAACGACACAUCCAGAUGAUCGCUCUGGCCGGCACGAUUGGAACUGGACUUUUCCUUGGAUCUGGUCGGGCUGUAGCAAAUGCUGGUCCUUUGGGCGCCUGGCUUGGCUAUUCGAUCAUCGGCGUCACUGUAUGCAGUGUGGUGCUCGCUGUUGCCGAAAUGGGUGCUCUGGUGCCGUUGAGCGGUUCUGUCGUGAGAUUUUCGGAGUUCUUCGUCGACGAGGCUCUUGCGUUCGCGAAUGGAUGGAACAUGACGUAUUCAUACAUCGUUUCGAUUCCGUCGGAAAUUGUAGCUACGGCAGUUCUGGUGCAAUUUUGGGUGGAUAUCAACAAUGCUGUCUGGAUCACCGUGUUUGGUGGACUGGUGAUCGCCAGCUCGAUGCUUUUCGUGAGGGUGUACGGCGAGCUGGAGUUUGCCUUCUCGCUGCUGAAGAUCUUCCUGGUCGUUUUCAUCAACAUUUUGGCGUUGGUGAUCACCUGUGGCGGAGGAGCUGAAGGACCUAUUGGAUUUCGAUACUGGAGAAAUCCGGGACCAUUCGUCCAAUACCUCGACAUCUCAGGCGCUCUUGGUCGUUUCUGCGGCUUUUGGUCAACCUUUUCCUCGGCGCUUUACGCAUAUGGCGGUAUCCAUGCAAUCGUUAUUGCUGCUGCGGAGACGAAGAAUCCUCGGCAAGCAAUACCCCAGGCAGCUAAGAGGAUCUUCUGGAGAGUGCUGAUAUUCUAUAUGCUGACCAUUUUCAUGGUUGGGCUUGUUGUACCCUCCAACGAUCCACAAUUGCUGAGAUCGACCGGCACUGCGGCACAAUCGCCUUUCGUGAUCGCCGCAAACAACGCCAAGAUCAAAGUGGUUCCCUCAAUCAUCAACGCCAUCGUAUUGACCUCCGCCUGGUCGGCUGGCAAUUCGAAUAUGUUGACUGGAUCUCGAGUGCUUUAUGGCAUGGCGAACGCAGGUCAGGCGCCGAAGUUCUUCACGCGUCUCAACCGCAUGGGAAUCCCAUACCUGUGCGUCGGUUUGCUCGGGGUCUUCAUCGCUCUCGGCUACAUGAGCCUCCAAGAUACCGCAUCCGAAGUCUUCACAUGGCUGCAAGACUUAGUGGCCAUCUCCACGCUCACGGACUGGACCAUAGUCUUGAUCACGUACCUGCGCUUCUAUUACGGCUGCAAAGCACAGGGCAUUGACCGAAAGAAAGAGCUUCCGUGGGCGGCACCAUUCCAGCCAUGGUUCUCCUGGAUUUCUCUGGUCUUGUUCCUACUGCUGCUCCUGACAUCUGGCUACACAACCUUCAUCCAUGGCCACUGGAGCACCGAGACAUUCAUCAGCAGCUAUUUCAACAUUCCAUUCGUCCUCAUCCUGUACUUUGGGUACAAGCUGUGGAAAGGGACAAGAAUUAUCCCGUUAAGGGAGAUACCGAUUCGAGGAUUCAUUGACGUGGCGAACGCAAAUCCAGAACCACGAAUACCGAAGAAGACCGGGCUGAGAAGGUUGAAUGUGUUGUGGUCGUAG